ACUUUUAUUAGUAGAUUGCACAGUACAGUACAUAUUCCGUACAAUUGACCACUAAAUGCACACCCAAAUAAGUUUAUCAACUUGUUUAAGUCGGGGUCCACGUUAAUCAAUUCAUGGUUUCGAUUUUUUUUUUUUUUUACAUUUCCCACAAUGCAUUGCCGAUAUCCAUACUGAAGGGCGGAAAUGAGUGAAACGCUAAUUGUCUCCGAUAACUUAUGCAAUAAUAUUCAUAAUGCCGACGAAGUGGGCCAUCGUCAACUGCCACAAUCCAGAUUGACUGGAGACAAGCUGCCUACCUUGCUGUUGCAUGCUGGGCGUUAGGUAAGAGGACAAGUCAUAUUUUGGGAAAACAUCCAGCUGGCACUUGGUGGAGGUCGUGUGUGAGGCCCUGCACCUGCUGCAUACAUCACCCUUGAGGGAGGAUUAGGAUGAACUGUUCAUCUAUACGGGAAGAAAUAAACGUCCAAUCUGUCGGGAUCCAAGUGAGAGCAGACAUUAUUCACUCAAAUAGAAGUCAUACCCUGUAAAAUCUGCGGGGACAAAUCAUCAGGGAUUCACUACGGCGUCAUCACCUGUGAAGGCUGCAAGGGUUUCUUCCGCCGCAGCCAGCAGAACAAUGCUAUGUACUCCUGCUCACGACAGAGAAACUGCCUGAUUGAUCGGACCAAUCGGAACCGCUGUCAGCAUUGCCGGCUGCAGAAAUGCCUUGCUCUGGGCAUGAGCCGUGAUGCGGUGAAGUUUGGUCGCAUGUCCAAGAAACAGCGCGACAGCCUGUACGCAGAGGUCCAGAAGCAUCAGCAGUCUCAAGAGUGCGCCGGGAUCGUAGCCCGGGAAGAGAGCGGCGACAUGGGCGACCACACCCGCACCUACAGACGAGUGUCCAGCACCACGCUCAGCGACCUGGAUGACUUCACCACGCUGCCUGACGGCCUGCUUUUUGACCUGCCGCUGACCCCAGAGGAUGCAGGGGGUGAAUACGGGAACCUGGACAUGCUGGCCGGCAGCGCAGGUAGCAGCUCAUCUUCGCAAAGCUCACCGGAACAGACCAACUUAGACUUUGUGGACGGCAACCACAACAUCAAACACGAGUACCAGCUGUUGCACGACUCUGGGCUUUUCUCGCAUGCCAUCCUCAACCCGCUGCCCGAAGGUUGCUCCCUGCUUGAACUCGAGCACAUAACACAGUGCGUGGUGAAGUCCCAUAUAGAGACGUGCCAGUAUUCUACAGAGGAGCUGAAAAAAAUGGCGUGGUCCACGUACGGCCUGGAAGAAACUCGCAUGUACCAAACAAAGUCUGCUGAGGUGAUGUGGCAACAGUGCGCCAUUCACAUCACCAACGCCAUCCAGUAUGUGGUGGAGUUUGCCAAGCGCAUCUCUGGCUUCAUGGACCUGUGUCAGAACGAUCAGAUUAUCCUCCUCAAAGCAGGCUGCAUGGAUGUUCUCCUGAUUCGAAUGUGUCGGGCGUACAACCCCAUCAAUAACACUUUGCUUUUUGACGGACGGUUUGCCCCUGCUCACUUUUUCAAAGCGCUCGGCUGUGACGACCUAGUGACUGCGGUGUUCGACUUGGCAAAAGGCCUGAGUCGUAUCCAGAUGUCUGACGAAGAGAUGGCCCUCUUCACUGCUGCUGUGCUCCUCUCACCAGACCGACCAUGGCUAACAGAUGUGCAUCAGGUCCAGAAGUUGCAGGAGAAGGUGUACGUCGCCCUCCAGCGUUGCCUACAAAAAGGGAGCUCAUCAGAGGAGAAACUAGCCAAGAUGGUUUCCAAACUCCCCAUCAUGAAGUCCAUUUGCAAACUCCACAUUGACAAACUGGAGUUUUUCCGUCUGAUCCACCCCCAGACGGCGUACACCUUCCCCCCGCUGUACAGGGAGGUGUUUGGCAGCGAAAUCACUUUUCCGGACUCUACCGAGGGCUAAGAGGCAUCACGCUAAAGACCAAACGAAACCCAGAGAUUUCCACUCAGAGACUUUCUUUGCGAGAGGCGCAGGCAGAGGGAGAGAUAAAAAACAAACAAAAACGUGACAACAAGCUGAGGCAAAGCAGACGCUCUAUGACAAUCCUGCACGACACACUCCUGUCUCACCUCUGAACUCUCCUCUCUCACCCGCGUGGAGUCGCUCACGGCGCCCCUCGGGUCGCGUCACCUCCGCGGGAAGGGGGCUCGGUACCUCUCGUUUGGAGGGCGCGCCAAGACACUAAAUAGUGGCCUAGAAAAAUUUGUAUUCUCCAAAUUUAUUUUUCUAAGAUCUUUCUACGAUUACACAGCUCCUGUGAGCUCCGGUUGAAUGUACCCCCGCCACCCCUGCCCGUGCCGCUUAGAGCGUUCAGCACAGCCUGUAGGCCCGAUUCCGAAUGUAAAUACUUAAUCCUCACUUACCUCAAAUAUAUAUAUAUAUAUUUUUUUUUUUUUCAAAACACUUCAGUUGUCAGUCUGGUAACAAUCCUUCAUUUUUCACCCAGCAUGGUUUAGCAGUGUCUGCCUUUUCCCAGUUUUGCGGCAUGUGAACAAAGCGUUCAAAGGGACCAUGAUCAAAUUCCCAAGCAGGUUUUCUUUAAUAUAUCUAUUUUAUCUUUACCAGCAUACCCUGAAGACGCUGACGUAAGUGGGCUCUUUUUAAUGCAACCAUUACCUCAGUCCCAGUACCCUAUCACUUAGCAUUUGCCACUCGGAUAUUAUGACAAUAUUAUAUUUAUAGCGCCUGUAUAGCCGUACGAAUGUCUCUAAGGGUGCGUUCACACCUGUCGUGUUUGGUUCAGUUUAAAGAACGAAGCCUGGUGUGUACCAAGCAGGCCGUUUCGGUCCACUUGCAAGUGAACUCUGGUGCGGUGCACUUGAGCACAAAUGUGAACUACGCAAACCAGUGUUAAAAAUACCAAAACAAAAAAACGUGCUGUUGUAUAAAAGUAUCUUUUAGAAGCUUUUUGUCAAAUAUAAGAUGGUAAAUAUGGCAGAAUAUGAUAAUACGUGUUCAACGCAGCAAAUUUGACUUAUGUCACAAAGGCUACCUAACCGGUUCACUUAGACUUAAUAAUAAUAAUAACUGGGAUUUAUAUAGCGCUUUUCUAAGUACCCAAGGUCGCUUUACAUGUUUAAAAACCCAUCAUUCAUUCACACCUGGUGGUGGUAAACUACUUUUGUAGCCACAGCUGCCCUGGGGUAGACUGACGGAAGCAUGGCUGCCAAUUUGCACCUACGGCCCCUCCGACCACCACCUAUCAUUCGUUCAACAUUCAUUCACCAGUGUGAGCGGCACCGGGGGCAAGGGUGAAGUGUCCUGCCCAAGGACACAAUGGCAUGGUAAGAGGCGGGGAGCGAACCUGCAACCCUCAGGUUUCUGACACGGGCGCUCUACCCACUACGCCAUGCCGCCCACUUAGACUUCCUUUGUCAUUCAAAUUUGAACUUUACAGUACAGAUAAGAACAAAAUGUUGUUAAAUUAGCUCGUGGUAGUGCAGGAUAAAAGAGCAAUAAGGUGCAGAGGGUUUGCAUAGAUUAGAUUACUGUACUGCACUUGAGCAUAAAUGUGAACAUUACACGGAUCAGUGUUAAAAUGUCAAAAAAAAAAGUUUGCAGAAAUGAAAAAUAUGUAAGACAAAGUGCUGUCUUUCUGCUCUGCACUAUAUAAAAGUAUAUUUCAGAAGCCUUUUGCCAAAUCCAAGCUGAUAUAUAUAUAUAUAUAUAUAUAUAUAUAUAUAUAUAACCGAAUAGGAAAAUAACCUACGCAGUCAACCAAGCAAAUAGCAUUUAUGCUCUUUACUCCUUUUGGUCACAUGACAAAAACACCCGCCUGAACGUUCAGCGGACCGCACCAAAGUUUUUGGGUACCAAACCACAAGUGUGAACGCAGCAUGAAACACAUACUUUGGAGCCUUGAGGAUGGAAAGCUUGUAUUGCAAAUACUUAGCACUUAUGACUGAGCCUCUUUAGGGCUCCAAAACCAACUGCUGGCACUUUUUUUUUUGCAAGUUAGCACUUAGACUGCCACCUUUGACGCCCCCCAUUAUCCGCAGAACCUUUGUUGACCUGUCAUACCUCCGUCCCUUAUCUUAACCCACCCGACACGUAAAAUAAUAACCUGAGAAGUACUUACUGUACAACUCAGCAAAUAUCUGCCCCACUGCAUGUUUUCAAUGGACCGGUCCUGAGGCUGUAAGGAUUACGAGCGGACAGAUGGGCCGCCGUGUUAUUUAAGCUCCUUAGACCUCGGUCGGAGGGGGGAUUUAUUAUCCGCGCCGACUCUCACUACUUAAACAGGUCCCGAUUUGGAGGACCUACUCAUCUCUCUCGCUCCCUCACUACCUCAGCCCUCUCAAACUCCGCACCAACGCUGCAAACGGUUUAACAUUAGCAUCAUACUGCAGGCCUUCUUCUUCUACGCUAUUAUAAAAAUAUAUAUUGCUAGGCACUUACAGAGGGCAAAAAAUGUUUGCUUUUGUUGCGAAAGGCUGACACAUUUCCUCUUUUUAUGCUACCAGUAUUGUGUAGAGAGAAAAAAAAAUGUAAUUGUAGCAUAUGGAGACAUUCGCAUAGAUGUUAAUAUUUGAGUCAGGACUGCUGGGACAGUGCUGAUGGCCGCGGAGCAUUCACGUCGAGUUCACGUAGCGCAAAAAAAAGGGUGCUACCCUUGCCGGGUACUUAAUGGCACGGUGGGAUCGUGCAAUAGUGUCUUUCCCAUUUUGAGUAGCAUAGAGUUCAUUUAGAUUCUAGAAUUUGACAAGCUCACGGCCGACUCCCCGACAGGGUCGGCCAGAUUGUAACAAGGUGCAAUACUUUGUCGUUGAAUGUUUUAUAGCACGUCGCUUAUCAACGGUUCCGGUUAUCCAUCCGCCGGAGGGCGGUCUGUUAGCCCCGACACUUCGCGUUCCCCGGUCAAAGUUCCUCAGGGAGUUAGCUUAGCUCUCUGUGCUGUGUCCCGCAGUGUCCACAAGACACUUGACAAACUGUAGAAGACCUUCAAACCUUGAUCACUGUGUACAGUAUGUGUUCUUGUGAAUGUUUGAUUACAGAAAGUAUCAAAGAUUUUACCCUUUUCAAUAUUGGUAUUUCUUUGCCAAAAUAGGAUAUUGAUACAAGAAAAUGGGUUAAAAAAAGGAAGAAAAGAGUAAAAUACAUAUAAAAGAUUUAUUAUAAUCUCAGAGUAAUGUCUUGGUUUUGUUGUGAUCUUCAAUUUUGUCCUGACAUGUACCAUGAUAUUUUCCUCAUCAGUUUAGUGUCCUUUGUAUCUUUUCAGAGAGUUGUAAUUCUAUUUUUUUUAAAAGAGCGUUUUUAAAUAUCUCUCUCUAAACAUUUCUCUUUUGUCAAGAUCCUUCUGUUUAGGAUUUUUUCUUUCUGUUUUAAGAUUAUUAUUGUUAUUGAAUCAUCAUAGAUUUGUGUAACAACUAAUUUAUGACAGGAUUUGAAAAAAAUGUAUGUUAAAAAAAAAAAAAAAAAAGAGCCAGAGGUUAUUAACACAAGAACGUGUUAUUGCACAAUGGUAAUAUGCUUUGUGGAUUUAAGAAUGUAAUA